AUGGUGACGGCCGGGGAACUGCGGGAGCUGGAGGGCCGCGCGCUACGGCGCCUGCUGAGCCGGGAAGAGCCUGGCGUCGGAGCCGGCGGCGGCGCGUGCUUGCUGCUGGACUGCCGGCCCUUUCUGGCACAUAGUGCGGGCUGCAUCCGUGGCGCGCUUCCCGUGCGCUGCCACACCAUCGCGCGCAGGCGCGCUCCCGACGGCCCGGGCCGCCUGGAGCAGCUGCUGCCCGCAGCCGACGGUGGAUAUGAGAAGUUUUCUUCCGAGUACCCAGAAUUAUGUUCUCAAGCCAAGUCUCUGGCCACCCUUUCAUCCCCUGUUCCCACCACCAUCCCAGAGCCUCCUGACCUGGUCUCCAGCUCCUGUGGUACCCCACUACAUGACCAGGGUGGGCCUGUCGAGAUCCUGCCCUUCCUUUACCUGGGCAGUGCCCAGCAUGCGGCACGGAGGGACACACUGGACGCACUGGGCAUCACCGCAUUGCUGAAUGUUUCCUUGGAUUGCCCAAACCACUUUGAGGCCCAUUACCAAUACAAGUGCAUCCCUGUGGAGGAUAACCACAAGGCAGACAUUGGCUCCUGGUUCCUAGAUGCCAUCGAGUUCAUUGACUCAGUCCAAACACGCCAGGGGCGGGUGCUGGUGCACUGCCAGGCGGGGAUCUCGCGCUCCGCCACCAUCUGCCUGGCCUACCUGAUGAUGAAGAAGAAGCUGAGGCUGGAGGUGGCCUUUGAGUUUGUCAAGCAGCGGCGCAGCGUCAUCUCCCCCAAUUUCAGCUUCAUGGGGCAGCUGCUGCAGUUCGAGUCCCAGGUGCUGGCCACGUCGUGCGCGGCGGAGGCCGCCAGCCCCUCGGGGAGCCGCGUGGAGCCGGCCGAGGCCUCCGCCCCCGCCACCCAGUUUGUCUUCAACUUCCCGGUGUCGGCCCCCAGCAGCCUCCCGUACCUCCACAGCCCCAUCGCCACGUCCCCCAGCUGCUAGGAGCCUCGGGAGGCCAGGCGCCGGGCACCGCGACGUUGGCCGGGCUGGCACGGGGCUCUGCUCCCUCUGCACUAGGGUCCCAGACACGCCACACAGCAAUAACGGCGGGGCUGCCGCCCCUUUGCCUUUGUUUUCAAGCUGCCCCUCAGGCUCAGGAGCGGGACCCCCCUCCCUCCGGCCGCCGUGGGCAGCCUGGGCCACUUUCUGGGUUUCAACAGAACCUUGGAGGGCAGCAUUUUUAUUCCAGAG